AUGGCUCCCCUCCGUAUGCUGCUGACGUGCGCGCUGCUUGCGGGCGUGCUGAUCUCACUCGCAGAGCCGGCCGCUGCGGUAGACAGCUGCGCCUCGGGCUACAACUACUGCUAUGAUGCCAGUGGCACCAAACUGACGUGCUGCGUCUCCACCUGCGAUAACUGCGAUCUGGCUACGGGCCUUCCGCCAACAAGCCUGGCGUCAGGGGAAUUCCAGAUGAUCGUAAAAUUUAUCUGCUCACCCAAUCAUCAUCCUUCUAGCCAAAGCUUCCAAAGGGGCAGAUGCGGGACAUAA